CGCCAAAGGACUGUUUGGAAAGCCGGGCAGCAGGACGCCCUGCUGGCAGCUUUCGCGGAGAACCCUUACCCAAGUUUCACGGCCAGGCAGGACCUGGCCAGGGAACUGGGGCUGCCUGAGUCCCGCAUCCGCGUGUGGUUCCAGAACCGCCGAAAUCGCACCAGGGAGGUGCGCGGCCUCCAAGGCCCCGAGGGGUCGGCGGGACCAAGCGGGCUAGCGUCCCCUCAGCAACGACCCAAAGGGCCUGGUGCCAGGGCACGAGGUGGAAGAAGCAGACCCGCGGAGCGACGCACCAGGCGUCGCACUCGACUCAGCCCGGCACAGUUGAGGAUCCUGCUCCAGGCAUAUGAGGACAAAGCAAGCCCGAAAUAUGGUGCCAGGGUGAAGCUCGCCCAAGAGACCGGUUUGCCUGAGGACACCAUCUCCAUCUGGUUCCAAUACCGGAGACGCCAAAGGACUGUUUGGAAAGCCGGACAGCAGGACGCCCUGCUGGCAGCUUUCGCGGAGAACCCUUACCCAAGUUUCACGGCCAGGCAGGACCUGGCCAGGGAACUGGGGCUGCCUGAGUCCCGCAUCCGCGUGUGGUUCCAGAACCGCCGAAAUCGCACCAGGGAGGUGCGCGGCCUCCAAGGCCCCGAGGGGUCGGCGGGACCAAGCGGGCUAGCGUCCCCUCAGCAACGACCCAAAGGGCCUGGUGCCAGGGCACGAGGUGGAAGAAGCAGACCCGCGGAGCGACGCACCAGGCGUCGCACUCGACUCAGCCCGGCACAGUUGAGGAUCCUGCUCCAGGCAUAUGAGGACAAAGCAAGCCCGAAAUAUGGUGCCAGGGUGAAGCUCGCCCAAGAGACCGGUUUGCCUGAGGACACCAUCUCCAUCUGGUUCCAAUACCGGAGAAAUCUGGGGGACAGCACUGGGGCCCUGGCAUCCAGGCGCCAAAGGACUGUUUGGAAAGCCGGGCAGCAGGACGCCCUGCUGGCAGCUUUCGCGGAGAACCCUUACCCAAGUUUCACGGCCAGGCAGGACCUGGCCAGGGAACUGGGGCUGCCUGAGUCCCGCAUCCGUGUGUGGUUCCAGAACCGCCGAAAUCGCACCAGGGAGGUGCGCGGCCUCCAAGGCCCCGAGGGGUCGGCGGGACCAAGCGGGCUAGCGUCCCCUCAGCAACGACCCAAACGGCCUGGUGCCAGGGCACGAGGUGGAAGAAGCAGACCCGUGGAGCGACGCACCAGGCGUCGCACUCGACUCAGCCUGGCACAGUUGAGGAUCCUGCUCCAGGCAUAUGAGGACAAAGCAAGCCCGAAAUAUGGUGUCAGGGUGAAACUCGCCCAAGAGACCGGUUUGCCUGAGGACACCAUCUCCAUCUGGUUCCAAAACCGGAGACUGCCUUUGCUGCCUUCACCUGUGCCCAAUGUAGAGCCUGAAGGACCACCAUGCUGCAGAAGGGACAUUGAGCAGUAUGCCCAAGACAGCCUUUUGUCACCAGCUGCUGCACUAGGCAUGGGUGUCCAUACUUUGAGUCUGCCCUCCCCACCAGCCUCCUUCCCAGUGUCCAUGCCUGCAGAGGCACAGCCCUCUGGACCAUGCCAUGACAAGGAGGAUGACAAUGACGACCUGGAACCCCAGCCAGUUGCAAGGGACACCUUCACUGUGGACGAUGUCGAGCUCAUGCUUGAUCAACUGCUGACACAACUCCAGGCUGACUAG